AUGGAAUUGGGAAUGGAGUCUCCGUCAAGAGAUUCGAUCAAAUGUUGUGAUUGUGGAUGCGAUUGUUCUCCAGAUUCAUGGAUUCGUUCUGUGAAGAGAAGACACGAGGAAUUGGAGAGUAAGAAACGUUUCUCUGUACCGGAGCUUGACGACUUAGAGCUGUAUUCUAAUCCUAAAGUCCAAAUCGAGAACGAAUGUGAAUUACUACGCGAAACUGUUACCAACCAACAGCAAUCGAUUCAGGAUUUGUAUGACGAGCUCGAGAAAGAGCGGAACGCUUCAUCAACAGCUGCAGAUGAAGCAAUGUCUAUGAUACUGAGGUUACAGAGCGAGAAGGCCGAAUUACAGAUGGAACUUAGACAGUAUAAGCUUUAUGUUGGCGAAAAAAUGGAGCAUGAUCAGCAAGAGCUUCAGGCAUUGGAAGAUCAGGUUUAUCAAAGGGACCAGACAAUUCAGGCUCUUACAUGUGAAACUCAGGCUUACAAGCAUAGAAUGAUGAGUUACGGGCUCACCGAAGCAGAAGCUGAAGGUGAUAAGAGCAUGCUUAGUCGUAAUCCGAGCAUGGUCCCGAGCAUACUUAGUCGUAAUCCGAGCAUGAUCGAGAUCAAUUCCGAAUAUGACUUCCCUACACAUAACUACCCUCCUCUAAAGUGCAAUAUAAAUGAGAACCAUGAUCCUCUGGAGGCUGAUAUCUAUGUUGCAGACGAUGAAAACUACCCACCAGCUGAUUCGCCUCAUGGGAGAGAGCAUUUGAAGAAAUUGGAUCGAAGAAUCAGCCAGAUGGAGACGAAUCCUAGCUUUCCCCAGUUGAAUGGUGAUUUCUCAAUAGCGAGAGGGAGGGAUGUUUCGGAGAAGGUAAUGGUUGAUCAGAGUCCUAGGCGUCAAAGACACUUUAGGAGGAUUUCCACUGCUAGCUCAAGCACACACUUGGGAUCUAAUAAAGCACUAAGACCUGAUAUGUUUGUCGAUUCCCCGAGGUCCGAAAGCUACGGCUCUAAGAAGGUAGAAAGUGUCUCAUACACAGAGAAUAAUGCUAAAGAUGAUUCGUCGGAAAUAGGAGAUGACAUGAGUGAUAGAGUUUAUACCAUUGAUUCUGUUCAUCGGAGUGUAUCUCAUAGUAGUGUAACCGAGCAGAAGCUUGGGGAUGGCACUUCUGGUGGCAAUGUGGGUUUCCCGGGAGAACAAAUGGAUCUUGGGGAUCCUGAUAUUACGAAGCUCUACAUGAGGCUUCAAGCACUGGAGGCUGACAGGGAAUCAAUGAAACAGGCGCUUAUCUCUAUGAGGACUGAAAAGACUCAAAUGGUACUGCUGAAAGAAAUUGCUCAACAUUUGUCAAAAGAAGUUGUCCCGCAACGGAGAUUGCCUCUACGUAAAGCAUCCAUUGCUGGGCCAUCGACUUUCAACCCAGUCUUUAAGCUACUUCUUGUUUCCUACGGUAUCUCACUCUGUAACCGCUGGUUCCUUUAUCAUUUUUCCUAUGCAGUGGAUCACAUCUUUUGUUUCCUGGAGAAGAAAGGCUCGUCGAAGCAAGUACAUGUAUGGGAUGUCAGCAAACAACAUCGGCCUGCAAAUGCUUCUAGAAAAGGUCCCCCGAUCACGGAAAUGGCGAUGUCUCAGGAGCACGCAAGUGUGAAACAGACCAAAUCCUUUAAAGCAAACAGAAUCACUCUGCCGACUCUAGAAUUCGAAACAGACCACUGUCAAAUAACUGAUGACCGGAUUGCGAACCGGGUUCUCGUUCUUGGGUUGCAGAGAAAUUGUUUGUCCGUAUGA